AUUUGGUUGUAUUCACAAACUUGGCUGUGCUGUGGUAACUAAACCAUUAUUUGAUUUGUUAUGUUAUCUAGACACUAGCAUCUCCUGAAUCAAUCAAUCAAAAAACCACAAAUUGAAUCCGAACAAUGCCUGCAGAUCAAGCCGAGCUUACUACCGACCAGGUUCUGAAGAGGGACAUUCCAUGGGAGACGUACACCACGACGAAGAUGAUAUCGGGGACUGGCCUUCAGCUGUUACGACGUUAUGAUAAUAAGCCCAGUAGUGAGAAGGCACAGUUAUUGGACAGUGAUGGUCCAGCUUAUGUCCGUUUGUUUGUCACAAUUUUACGUGAUAUAUUUAAGGAAGAAACAGUAGAAUAUGUUCUUGCUUUAGUUGAUGAAAUGUUAUCUGGAAAUCCUAAAAGAGCUAAAUUAUUCCAUGAAAAGUCUGUUGCAAGUGAAGAUGCUUAUGAGCCUUUCUUGAGAUUGCUUCAAAAUGGAAAUUGGUUUAUACAAGAGAAAAGCUGUAAGAUACUCUCCUUGGUAGUAAGCUCAAGACCUAAAUCGGAGGAUGCUGUCAACACGAAUGUUGAUGAUGUUUUAAGAGGACUGGUUGAAUGGAUUUGUGCCCAGCUUAGGCAGCCUUCCCACCCUACUCGUGGCAUCCCUGUAGCCAUCAACUGUCUGACAAUCUUACUUAAAGAGCCUGUGGUUAGAUCUUCUUUCGUUAAAGCAGAUGGUGUGAAGCUACUUGUUCCUCUGAUUGUUCCUGCUUCUACUCAACAGUCCAUGCAGCUUCUGUAUGAAACAUGUCUCUGUGUCUGGCUUUUGUCAUACUAUGAACCUGCAAUUGAGUACCUGGCUACUUCUAGAAGUCUUCCUCGACUAAUUGAUGUUCUUAAAAGUUCCAAAAAAGAAAAGGUUAUUCGCGUAAUUGUUUUGACACUCAAGAACUUGCUCAACAAAGGUACUAUUGGAGCUCAAUUGGUAGACCUUGGACUUCCUCAAGUUGUUCAGAGUUUAAAAGCACAAGCAUUGAGCGACGAGGAUCUGUUGGAGGCUCUGAAUCAACUGGAAGAUGGAUUGAAAGACAACAUUAAGAAAUUGAGUUCGUUUGAGAAGUACAAGCAGGAAGUCCUUCUUGGUCAUCUCGACUGGUCCCCAAUGCACAAAGAUUCUAUAUUCUGGCGUGACAACAUUACAUACUUCGAAGAGAAUGAUUUCCAGAUCCUACGGGUCCUUAUAACAGUUCUGGACACAUCUGCCGAUCCAAGAGCCCUUGCCGUUGCUUGCUUUGAUCUCUCCCAGUUCAUUCAAUACCAUCCUGCUGGUCGAGUUAUUGUGACUGACCUGAAAGCAAAAGACCGCGUGAUGAAAUUGAUGAAUCAUGAGAAUGCAGAGGUUACUAAGAAUGCACUGCUAUGCAUUCAGAGGCUUUUCCUUGGUGCCAAAUAUGCGAGUUUUUUGCAGGUUUAAGUUAAUUUGUAUGUACUAUUGUUCUUCAAAGUCACCAUAAUGUUGUGUUUAAAUAAGGUGAGGUGAUUGUGUGAUAGCUGUGUCACAACUAUUCUUAUGUAUUGAUGCAAUAAAGUAUGUAUUAUGAAUGGUAGCUAGCCUGAUAUAUUUUGCAGGCAACUGCAGCUAUAACAAUUUUUACAAAAUGUAAGAUUGUCAUUUAGCACU